AUGUGUGCCGAGUUUGACUCACGUGGCUUUGCGGCUGUCGGCCCGCAGGGUGGCGGGAAGACGGCGCUGGCUGUUCGCUGGGCGAAUGGCGACUUUGUGGCGGCGAGCGAACUGGCGCCGACCAUCAUUUCCGAGUUUGGUCCGCACCAGGUCGUGGUUGUCGACAUCUCGGGCGAUCGCGCAACAUGGCGGGCGGUGUACGCCGAGUGGCUCGGCGAUGAGACCAUCGAUGGCUUUGUUCUUGUCUUUGACGUCUCGGACGAGGCCUCGUGGCGCGCACUACCAGAGUAUUGGCAUGCGGUGCUGGCUGCAGUCUCACGUGGCCAUGUCCAGGCCGCGCGGAAGCUCGUUGCGCCGCAAGCUGGCCAGACCGUGCCUCGGGCUGACAAGGCCGGGCGGCAGGCGGCGGCCAAGUUGCGAAAGAAAGCUCUGGCCAAGCUCGGCAAGCAGCGCGGCGGCGGAUCACUGUUCAACGAUCCGACGCGCGCUGCCAUUGAUGACUCGCAAGCGAGCCUCGCUGCGGCUGGCCACCACUCGCUGGUGGAGGAGCUCGCGCCACCGCCGAUGCUGGUGGUUGGCACGCAUGCUGAUCGCCCGCAGCGGUUUGCAACCGUCGCCGACAUGGCGGCCGAGGUCUGGGCCAUCUUUGGCGCCCCAUACAUCGAGGUUUCUGCGCUCAGCGGAGCCAACAUCGAUGCCGCCGUUGCCAAAGCGGUUGGUCACGUCCGGGCGCGGCAUGCUGCUGCGAUCCGGCUUGGCGCACCGCUGCCGGUCGAAGCAAUCACUCGCUCGGGGUGGGUGCAUGUUGCGCGGGCCGGGGGCCGGCGAGCCAAAGCGUACACCCAGGCCAAGGCGACCAAGGACAUGACGCCGCGGUGGGUGGUGUACACGGCGCCCGGGGUGUGGCGGAUGUACGCGUCAGAGGCCGACGCCGCCGUCAACGUGAGGUCUGAGGUAGUCCUGCUGGAAGUUGCGCCGGCAUCGCUACCUCUUGGCCGGCCACAGUGGGUGGCGCAGGGCGGGUUUGUGGUGGCGGGCGCCCUUGGUGCUCUCGACGUUGUUGCGCCAUCAGCCGUCGACGCGGCAGCCUGGGUCGAUGCGCUCAACGCAAGCGCUGGAGCUGAGGAUGAGGGCCGGGUCACGUUUGAUGCUGUUCAGGUUGUGAGCAGUGACGAGAUGACACCUGCCAGGCAGCAGCGGCUGGAUACGACGCGGGACCCGACAGUACGGCGUGCGCCGCGGAUCGCGACUAGGCUCUUUCCCUCGGAUGAAAGUAUGUCGAGCUGCAGCGCGGAGCAGAAGCUGGCUCCUCUGGCCACGAGCGACAACGAGUCGACGAGCUCGAGUGGUGUGGGGCUUGAACCUGGUUCGUCGUUAGCUCCCAGAUCUGAGAGUGAGGAUCGAGCUGGGCCGGGUUCGAGUUGGCGGGUACAGCAGCAAGAGCGUAGCCAACUUCGGAGUCCGGGCCGCACUGAGCGAGAGAGGUUUGAUCAGGCUGCGCAUCGCGAGCGACGAACGGCGUCGAGGGAAAGUAGCAGGAGUCGGAGUUGUGGUCGCGAUCAGAGUGGAGAGUCUGGCGGUGAACGUCGAGCGUUGGACGGAGCAGGCACGACAAGGCUGCGCAUCGCGAGCGACGAACGGCGUCGAGGGAAAGUAGCAGGAGUCGGAGCCUCAGUUCCCAUCAGAGCAGCGGCUUUGGUCGGAGCUGUCCGACACAAAACGAUUUCGAUUGUGCUGCUGUGCCGACCAGGCAGGGUCACGACCGCGUCGCAGCUCGCCGGACGGUGCGUCAUGGUCCAAAUCAGCACCAAAACAGCCCCCGAUUCCGCGAUCGCUCAGCAACGUCGCGCGAUGGACGCCCAGACCAAAGCUGGGGCCGAUCUGAGCGGAAGCACGACAGCUUUGGAGGCCGCUCUGCGAGACGCUUGUCCUCACCUGUGCUGACAGACCAAGGCAGAAGCCAAGACAGGCGUCGGGGUGAGCACGAGCGCGUCAAUCGUGACAGUAGUGGAUACCUCAAGUCAUACACCCGCAUCGCUCGCGAUGAACGCAGCCCCUACGUGGAUAUGGCUUGU